UAGAAAGAUUAGCUGCUUACAUAAUAAAUUAUACAUUUAUACCUACUACAAGCAUAAUUCAAAGUGUGAUCACGUUUUAUUUGUUAUACAAAUAGACAAUAGUUAUGUUAUAAUAUAUUAUAAUAGACCAAAAUAUAUUGUAUAUUGUUAUUUAGGUGUAGGUACCUCAUAUUUGAAUACAGCUGUAGCAGAGAUUUUUAUUUCAUACACUUGAUGAAUCUACGUCUGUUUGUUAAUACCGAAGAAAUCGUGAAGUGACCUAAGCAGCCAUCGUAAUUUGACGACACGCAUAGUUUUUUAGAUUUUUAAAAACGAAUACGAUUAGAAAACACCUAAGCUAUACUUCUGUGGAACUCCAACGGUAUACGAGUAAUAUAGGUAUGGACGCUAUCAACGAUUGCGUGAAGAAUUACUUAUCCCACAGCGGUGGUGAUGUCGUGGUUGGUGGGUGGACGAUCAGCACUGGAACCGCAACAGUGGCCGGUCGAGGCAUCGUGGCCACCCGAGACUACAGUGUGGGUGACGUGAUAUUCGUGGAUGUGCCACUGAUCAUUUCGCCUAGAGCGAUGGGUACGGACAGUACCGGAAGCCCGGUGUGUCCAGUAUGCUACGAUAUACUGAUUACGGCAAUCGGAUGUCCGGGUGGUUGCCAGUGGCCGGUGUGUGGACGCCAGUGUGCCGACAGUCCCGAACACCGAGACGAGUGCAGGUAUGUACGGAAACUACGACCGAAAACCAAAAGCGAUGGCCAAACAUGGUCGGUGGGCAUUUACAAUGCGAUCACGGCCGUCCGGGGCCUGUCGAUCAGAGAUGGCGAGUACAAGUACUUCCUGGACGUGUUACAAAAGAAAUUGACGGACAAAAAAAUGUUUGAGGUAGAAGAACUGAAAAGAAGCAUAAGUAUGGAAUUAGACAAAGAAGAUGAAAAAAUAAUGGUAACUACUUGUAAAAUAAUGGAUGCUAAUUGUUUUGAAACAAUAGUAAAUCGUUCCAAUAAAUUAAUAAGUUUGAAAGGUCUGUACCCUGUAGCAGCAUUUAUGAACCAUUGCUGUGUUCCAAACACAAUGCACAAUUUUAAUGAAAAACUUCAGAUGAUCGCAAAAGCUUCCUUACCGAUAUAUAAAGGACAGGAAAUUACUACUAGUUAUACAUAUUCAAUUUGGCCUACUUCACUACGACAGAACCACUUGUUGACGUCAAAACAAUUUAUUUGCACCUGCAGUAGAUGUUGUGACACAGAAGAAUUUGGAACUGAGUUAGCAGCACUGAAUUGCAUAGUUAAAAAUUGUGACGGUCGCAUUUUACCAAUCAAUCCAUUAGACAAGAUGUCGAUUUGGCAUUGCAAGACUUGCACAAAAUUAGUAUCGAGCGCAGAAAUGAUAUGUUUGUAUAAAGAUAUCGAGACUUUAAUGAAAAGCAUAAGUGUAUUCUGUCCAAAAAGCUUUGAAGCAAUCUUAAAGUCAUUUAAUAUUUAUAGAAACAGUCCAUUUGUAGUUGAUUUAAGAUUGAAAUUUAUUUGGAAGUCAAAAAACAACAGUUUGAAUCUUGAGCAAUUGCUUUAUAAAGAAAAAUUGUGUUUGGAAAUGUUGGAUUUGGUACAAAAACUAAGAUUAGGUCAAUGUCGAUUAUUAGGUUUAAUAUCUCAAGAACUUCUGAAGGUGAUUAGAGAAAAAACUUAUCGUUUCCGGCCGAAGUGGAACACAAAAACAUUGAAUGUCUUCGAAGAACAAAUAAAUAAACUGAAAGAAAUAUAUUCUAGUGUUUUGGAUGAAGAUGCAGACUUGGAUAAUAAUAAUAUUAAAUAAUUUUACUCUCCGAGUAUAAGUAGCUAUUGGCAAUAUUGAAUCUAAAACGUCUUAUGUAGAGUUUUAUUUUGUAAUAAUAAUACGUUCAUUGUAAUUAAUAAUCAACUUUGUUUUAAAUUUGUAAUACAGUAUUAUUUUGUUUUAUGUUUAAAGUUUAAACUGUUGUCUGCCAGACGUCAUUCACAAAAUAUCACAGAUACAAAUAUUAAUAAUAAUUUAUUAUCCAUAUCUGUGUAAAAUAUAAU